UAUACAAACCGUAAAGUUCGCUCUGGGGCGGUGGUGCUGCUCCUGGUGCCCGAAACUAUAUUAACUGCCGAAAACGGUAUACUGGUAGCCAGCAGCUCUUGUUGUAACAACAGCCGCCGAAACGAGGAGAGAGUCCCCAACGCAGAGAGCACUGCUGUCAGUUUUGACAGUUGACCCCAAACAAAACGAAAGCUUGCUGGCCGAAAGCUUUCAGCCGAAUUGUUGGCUAAUAACGACUUUCCCUUCUGCCGGAGACGCCGUCCUAGAACGCCCUGCUAGACAAGGAGCCCCCUUUCCCACUUCCCAUCAGUAUUGACUGGCACGCUUACAUAAGCCUCGUAGUCUGGCGUUGCGAUAAACAAAGUGCACCAUGUACGUGCAGAGAUUGCUCGGAAGCGGAACCGGUGACGGAUUAUCCUCCGCUAAUUUCUUAGCAUGUGAGCACCAUCUCCUUUGUGGGCCUAGCUUUUUAACACACCUGCCGGAGGAAGCGGAUUGAUAGCAGCUAAUGCCCGAAUUGCUUGCCGAUUCGCCGGGAUUCCGACCUGGGCCUGCUCCUGCAGGAUAAGCUCGAGUGCGGCGGAACAGGAAAUUCCUGCGGGUUUUCGCGUGGUAGAGCGGUGGCAAUUUAUAUAAAUUAUUUAAUUAGAGCACACACGUCAUCAUGCGGCGUCAAAGCCCAUUAUUCUGAUUAAAAUCAAACCCAUUUCGCUUUAAGCCACCAGACAGGUGGCAUCCCGCCUCGUCACGGCCCAUUCCCUUCUUACCAGUUCUAUUAUCAUACAAAGGAAAUUGCUUGGGCUUUCUUCAUCGCUUAUUUGUCCAGUUAUGAUUUUGUUUUUCAGGAGUAUUUCGUUAUUCGCCUUCCGUAUCAUCAGACGACUGGAGGCUAAUUGGCCACAUUUGGCUCACUGUCGUUUCCAGCUUCUUUAAGAGGUAAUGCAUUCAGUACAGCUGUGAUAAUUUAUAAGGCUUCUGGGAACAAUUCCUUUUUUUAUAGACUGUGGUGGUUGUUAAAAGUAUCAUUACAGAACGGUGUAGUGGAGUUCUACGACUGAUGUUUAUCAAUUACAAGAGUAUGUCAAUACCAUUAAAGGCUUUAUUCAAAUAUGCUCACAAUAUAAUAAUAACAACAUUUUAUACCCGUUAAAUGGUAUACUAGAUUCGUUAUAAAGUAUGUAACAGACCAUAUGAAGUAUAUAUAUUUCUGAUCUACAAAGUCAGGAACUAUUAAAGCUAAAGAAUUGAGAUUGGACAUGAAGAUUCCAUUGAUUCUAAAUGUGAUCACGCCCACUCUAAUGCGCACAAGCCACACAAAACUGCCAUACGUAUCCUUUUUAAAAAUGUGUACAUAUAAAUGUGUUAUAUUAUAUUUAUUUCAACAAAUGGAAAUGUAAACUCACUUACGGGUUUCAACAAAUGAACGCAUUCGGCUGAUGAAACAUGUCGUGUAACUGUUCAUCAAUGUUUUUUCUCAAAUUCCCAUUGUGAACACAUCGCUAUUCCACUUCUUGUGGUAGAAGACAAUUUUCCAUUAACUAGAUUUGAAGGAUUUCAUAGAUUUCAUAGCGCAUAGCCCUUUUAAUCAAAAAAAACUACAAAACGUAAGAGGAUGCCAUCAAAAAAAAAAAAUAAAGAACACAAAAUUAAUGGAAAAGAAAAGAAAAAGGACAUUCAGUCUUUUAAAAAAGAUGUGGAAACUGACAAUCAUAAAAUAUCUGUAGACGAACUAUUAGAGCGCCUAAAGACAGAUCCUAACAGGGGGUUGUCUUUUGUUGAGGCCAAGUUAAGAUUGGAAAUAAAUGGCCCUAACAUACUUACGCCGCAGCCUCCAACACCGAAAUGGAUUGUUUUCUUAAAAACCAUGUUUGGUGGAUUCGCAAUACUACUUUGGGCAGGAUCUUUUCUUUGUUUUGUCGGAUAUCUUAUACAAUUACAAACCCAGCACGAACCACCAGAUGACAAUCUCUAUCUUGGCAUUGCAUUGACUGUUUUGGUAAUAGUCACAGGGUUAUUUACAUAUUUUCAGGUUCAUAAAUCCUCUUCUAUAAUGGAUUCAUUUAAAAACCUUGUUCCACAAUACGCUACAGUUAUACGAGAAGGGGAAAUAAACACAGUAACUUCAGACGAACUAGUAAAAGGAGAUAUUGUGGAAGUUAAAUUUGGUGAUAGGGUACCCGCUGACAUUCGAAUAUUGGAAGCUCAUGGACUUAAAGUGGAUAACUCUUCCUUGACUGGAGAAUCCGAGCCUCAAGUGAGAUCUACAGAGUUUACACAUGAAAACCCUUUGGAAACAAAGAACUUGGCUUUUUUUUCUACAAACGUACUCGAAGGUACCUGCCGAGGUGUUGUCAUUGCAACUGGGGACAGUACAGUAAUGGGACGUAUAGCAAACUUAGCGGCAGGACUGGACGAUGUUCAGUCACCCAUUUCCCGGGAAAUACAACUUUUUAUUCGGUUUAUUACAAUAUUUGCAAUAAUACUAGGACUAUCUUUUUUUGCGAUAAGUUUAACAUUAGGUUAUGAAUUUAUUGAUGCAGUUGUGUUUCUUAUAGGCAUUAUAGUCGCAAACGUACCAGAGGGCUUACUCGUAACUGUUACCGUAUGUUUAACCCUUACUGCAAAGCGCAUGGCAUCCAAAAAUUGUUUGGUUAAGAACUUGGAAGCUGUCGAGACAUUGGGUUCGACAUCAACAAUUUGUUCAGAUAAAACAGGAACCCUAACUCAAAAUCGAAUGACUGUUGCUCACUUAUGGUAUGAUCAAAUAAUUGUUGAAUCUGACACUACUGAAUCUUUUCGAGGAUCCCAUUUUAAAAUUGAGGAUAAAUCUUUUAAUGCUCUUUUUAUGUGUGCCGCACUUUGCAAUUCCGCUGAAUUUAAAGGUGGUCAAGAUGAUAUACCCGUAUUUAAAAAAGAUGUCAAUGGCAACGCAUCAGAGGCUGCUCUUUUAAAGUUCACCGAAACUAUUUCUGGAGGUAUUAGUGCUUUUCGUCAAAAACAUAUCAAAUUGACCGAAAUUCCCUUUAAUUCAACCGAAAAAUAUCAAGUUUCUGUUCACGAAUUUAAUUCAGGAGAUGGAUACUUUAUAGUUGAGAUGAAAGGAGCACCAGAGAGAAUAUUGGAUCGCUGUAGUACGAUAAUAAUUCAAGGGCUGUCUGUAGAACUUACACCUGCAUUAAAAUUGGAAUUCGAAGAAGCUUAUUUGGAAAUGGGCGGUAUGGGCGAAAGAGUAUUGGGAUUUGCUGACCUUAUACUUCCCAUGUCUAAAUACCCAAUUUCUUACGACUUCAACGCAGAUCCUCCAAAUUUUCCAUUAGAAAGUCUUCGUUUUCUGGGAUUAAUAUCAUUAAUAGACCCGCCACGAGCAGCAGUUCCAGACGCAGUUGCCAAGUGCCGUUCAGCAGGUGUACGUGUAAUCAUGGUAACUGGAGAUCACCCUAUUACAGCUAAAGCCAUAGCCCGCAGUGUGGGCAUAAUUACAACGCCUACUGCAGAGGACAUUGCCAAACAACGUGGCGUUACAGUUCUCGACAUCGAUUCCCGACAAGCCACUGCUAUUGUGGUCCACGGUGGUGAGCUUCGAGAGAUGAAAGCUGAAGAGUUAGACGCUGUAAUAUACUAUCAUAAUGAAAUCGUUUUUGCCCGAACCUCUCCACAGCAAAAGCUUAUAAUCGUAGAAGCUUGCCAAAGACGUGGUGAAAUUGUUGCUGUAACUGGCGAUGGUGUGAAUGACUCUCCGGCACUGAAAAGAGCCGAUAUUGGCGUUGCAAUGGGUAUUUCUGGAUCUGACGUUUCUAAGCAGGCGGCAGAUAUGAUUCUAUUGGAUGACAAUUUUGCGUCAAUUGUGGUUGGCAUUGAAGAGGGGCGGAUUAUUUUCGAUAAUCUUAAAAAGUCCAUCGCAUAUACCUUGACUUCAAAUCUUCCUGAAAUAGUGCCGUUUUUAUUUUUUGUGAUAUUUGAUAUACCUUUAGCUCUUGGCACUAUUGCAAUUCUAUGCAUCGAUAUCGGCACUGACAUGCUUCCGGCAAUAUCGCUAGCUUAUGAAAAAGCUGAAUCUGAUAUAAUGGCGCGUAUGCCAAGAGAUCCGUUUGAAGACCGUUUGGUAAAUAAAAAGUUAAUUCUAAUGGCUUACUUGCAAAUUGGAGUUAUACAAACGGUUGCAUGUUUCUUUACUUUUUUUGCUAUAAUGGCAGAACAUGGAUUUCCCCCCUCCAGACUUAAAGGAAUUCGAGAAGACUGGGACUCAAAAAAUGUAGAAGACCUUGAAGAUGGCUACGGACAAGAAUGGACCUACAGGGAACGUAAAGUUCUUGAAUAUACAGCAGGCACCGGGUUUUUUGUGUCGAUUGUUGUGACACAGGUUUUCGACCUUUUAAUAUGCAAAACUCGUCGAAACUCAAUACUUCAACAAGGUAUGGGCAAUCAUGUACUUAACUUCGCUUUGGUUCUGGAAUUCAUUAUUGCCUGUCUACUUUGCUAUGUUCCAGUAUUUGAAAAAACAUUGAGAAUGUAUUCCAUCAAAUUUAUUUGGUGGAUAUAUGCGUUCCCCUUUGGUCUAUUAAUUUUCUUUUUUGAUGAAAGUCGUCGAUUUCUAAUAAGAAGAAAUCCAGGUGGCUGGGUGGAACAAGAAACUUAUUAUUAAUUACAGCUAUGUAUCCAGUUACACCAAUAAAUUUCCGUCGCCGUA